UUUGUGUUUUCUCUUUUUGACAGUAAUUUAUCUUAAAAUUAUCUGUCAAAGUUGUAACCAUAGAUCCCGUAUACAUUAUAUACCCUUGUCUUGAAAAUUUCGAUUCAUGACGCUGGCAACAGUUGACCGACACGCAGCCGUGGAACAUUUGGCUUGCAAUUAUUUGUUAGUGAUCCGAAUAAGAUGAAAAUUCCUUGUAAAUGAUUGCUUUUUUUAAACCUUCCUACACGCCAAAAAAUGAGAUGAGUGAAGUGGAACAAAGACAUACACACCCGAAGUAAAAGGAAAAGAAAGACACGGAGACUCAAACUGAAAGUCUAAUUGCUCAGAACCUUGUUCAAAAACCCAAUUGCGUUGCACAGAGUACUACUUCUAUUAAUAUAUUGAUUCAUCACUUGAUAUACGGAUAUACCCAUUUACAAACUUUUAUUUUAUUAGUAUAAUUGCCAAGUCUAUGAAAAACCCAUCAAUUCUAUUUAUCUAUUUUAGUUUCUGUUUUUGUUGCUGAUAAAAGUUGACCAUGGCUAGCAAUGGCAGAAGGAUGGCGUUGACGGUUCGAGGAAGAGCAGAAACAGACACAGAUGCUUCAGCUGAGUAUGCUGAGACUGAUCCUACUGGUCGUUAUGCUCGGUCAAAUGAAGUUCUAGGAAAAGGCGCGGUGAAAACAGUAUACAAAGCAAUAGAUGAAGUGUUGGGUAUAGAAGUGGCAUGGAACCAAGCAAGAAUUAAAGAUGUGUUACGUUCUCCAGAACCGUUGGAACGCCUUUACUCGGAAGUCCAUUUGCUUAGUACCCUUAAUCAUGACUCCAUCAUCCGUUUCUAUACUUCUUGGAUUGAUACCAACAACAGGACCUUCAAUUUCAUCACUGAACUCUUCACUUCUGGCACUCUUAGACAGUAUAGGGAAAAAUAUAGCAGGGUGAACAUCCAAGCUAUAAAGAGCUGGUCUCGCCAAAUCUUGCAGGGUCUUGUUUACUUACAUGGUCAUGAUCCUCCAGUCAUUCAUAGAGACAUUAAGUGUGAUAACAUCUUUGUCAAUGGUCAUGUUGGGCAAGUCAAGAUUGGUGAUCUGGGGUUGGCAGCAAUUCUCAAUGGCUCCAAAUCUGCCCACAGUAUUAUAGGUACACCUGAGUUUAUGGCGCCUGAAUUAUAUGAAGAAGAUUACAAUGAGUUGGUUGAUGUAUACUCAUUUGGGAUGUGCUUACUUGAGAUGUUAACUCUGGAAUAUCCAUAUAGUGAAUGUGUCAGUCCUGCGCAAAUUUACAAGAAAGUCUCAUUGGGUAAGCUUCCAACAGCAUUAUAUAAAAUUCAAGAUAAAGAAGCAGAGAGAUUCGUUAGAAAAUGUUUAGCCCCCAAAUCCGAGAGGUUAUCUGCAAGUGACUUACUUCUAGACCCAUUUCUUUCAUCAGUUGAUGGUGAAUUAUUGCUCACCAAAACAAAAGAAAGUGAAAAUCCAUUUCUGAAUAGCUCAUCUAGUCUGGAAAAGUUGAAGCUGGUUGAUAGUUCAUCAAGGACUAAUAUGAUAAUCACUGGGACGAUGAAACCCAAAGAUGGUAUCAUCUUCCUCAAGGUGCAGGCUUCAGAAGGAAAUGGUCCUGCGCGGUACAUAUUCUUCCCGUUUGACAUAAUGACUGAUACUCCAGAAGAGGUUGCAAUGGAGAUGGUGCAGGAGUUGGAUAUCAUUGAUUGGGACCCAAAUGAAAUAGCAGAAAUGAUUGAGGCUGAAAUUUCUAUUCUGAUGCCACAUUGGAAGAAAUGGGUGUCAUCUAGAUCCCAAUCUUACCAAGAAGACGAUUAUGAUGGGGCUCCUGAAUUGCAUCAUUCUUCCUCAUGCUCAUCUUCUGCAGCUUCAGGGGUGCUUUCUUCUCAUGGAAGUGACCAAUUACUUGUUGGCAAUAACCGCCUCCGAGAAGAUUUCCCUAAUGAAUACAGCUCUUACAGCUCAACACUUUCUGAUAAGACCACCAAGCUGAGUAACAGUUCAAUUGCUGAUGUAGAGGGUAUUACAGUUUGUAAGGGAAAGUGUUCAAAGGACAGACCCCAGUUGACUAGGAAUCGUUCUCUUAUAGAUAUGCAGAGCCAAAGACUACAUCAGUCAUUGUUAGAAGAGGUAAUGAAGAAGAGAUUAUCUAAGACAGUUGGGGCUGUGGAGAACAUUGGGUUCCAAAAUCCGUAUGAGACCUCGACUGGCGGCCAGGUCAGAAGGCUUAAGGAUGGUUCUAAUUCAGCUCAGAUUGCUAGAGAUGGUAAGAGGCAGGGAAAGACGGGGUCUAGUAAAACUCUGAAAUUUAUGCCAUUCAAGAACUGGUAAAAUUCAACUAGUCUUAGGGAGAUCAAAGAAUCAGAAAUUUUCCCAUUGGCAUGUUGAUGGUUUGUCUGUACAUUAAUUUGUCUUAGAUAUUUAGAGAUAACAAUAGUAUGUUUAAGUAUAAUUAAGAGCGAAUCUUUUUGAGUUCUUGAGCUAUUUAAA